AUGACUUAUUCUAUUCAUAAGAUUCUCAUUGCUAAUCGAGGCGAGAUUGCUUGCAGAGUGAUUCGGACAUGUAAACGCUUGGGAAUAUCUACUGUCGCUGUUUACUCUGAUAGCGAUCAGAAUGCUCCAUUUGUUAGAUUGGCCGAUGAAGCUUAUCAUAUUGGCCAUUCAAUUGCUUCAGAAUCAUACCUCAAUGCAGAAAAAAUAAUACAAGUGGCUAAACGAUCUGGAGCAGAUGCGAUUCACCCUGGAUACGGCUUUCUGUCAGAGAACCCCGAUUUUGCAGAUAUGGUAAAUCAAGCGGGUAUCAACUUUAUUGGACCUAGAGCAGAAUCGAUUCGAACCAUUGGUGAUAAGAUGGCUGCCAAAGUAUUCAUUAGGGAGCAUCUAAGUUCUAUCCCUCUGAUUCCUGGCUAUCACGGCCAAGACCAGUCUAUUGAAAGACUGGAACAGGAAGCCAAAAUGAUAGAAUUCCCUGUGUUGUUGAAGGCUUCUGCUGGUGGAGGCGGUAAAGGCAUGAGAACAGUUUAUGACGCACACAAGUUAAGGGAAGAAAUUGAAACUGCCAAAGGUGAAGCGCUUCGAGCGUUUGGAUCAGACACUUUAUUAAUAGAAAAGUACUUUACAAGCGUACAUCACGUAGAGGUUCAAAUCUUUGGAGACAAAUAUGGAAAUGUGUAUCAUAUUAAUGAGCGUGAUUGCUCAAUUCAAAGAAGACAUCAGAAAGUGGUGGAAGAAACCCCUUCUCCCGUUGUGGACACGGACCUCCGUCGAGCCAUGACAGAUGCUGCUGUCAACUUGGGAUGCAAACUAGGCUAUGUAGGAGCUGGCACAGUAGAAUUUAUUCUAGAUCCCAAAGCCAGGCGCUUUUAUUUCUUGGAACUGAAUACACGGUUGCAGGUGGAACAUCCUAUUACGGAAGCUAUUUCUGGUCUAGAUCUUGUUGAACUGCAAAUUCUUGUUGCCCAGGGAGCCAAUUUAAAACACAUGAGUGUACUGAACCAGAUACCUUUCCAUGGGCACGCCAUAGAAGUGCGUUUAUGUGCAGAGGAUCCAGAAGACUUUAGCCCACGUACAGGAACUAUCCUUAAAUGGAGCCCCCCAACCGAUAUUGAAGGGGUACGCAUAGACACAGGUGUACAGGAUAGCUCAGAAAUAUCUAUUUACUAUGACUCCAUGAUUGCUAAAGUGAUCGUACAUGCUCCUACUCGUGCAGAGGCUAUAAAACGCAUGAUUGCCGUCUUGAAGCGUACGGUAGUCGUGGGCAUAACCACAAAUCAAAAACUUUUGUUAAACAUCAUGCAGAACCCCUCUUUCCAAGCUGGUGUGUUUGACACAAAUUUUAUGCAGCAAGAAAAACUCUUUCUUCCAUUUGAUUUAUAUCGUGCUGAGCCUAGCAUCAUUGCCGCCCUAUUGUUUGACUGGACAACACGUCAGAAUAAGCAAAUCUAUCUUAAAAAUAUUCCUGCAGGAUGGAGGAAUGUGAAAUGGCGUCCUCAUCGUGUUCAAUUCAUUGUUCAGGACCAGCAAAAGGUUGACGUCUUGUAUGAAUACUUAGGAUGCCGUAAUGACAGACAUGAAUUCAAGGCUUUGGUACUAGACAAGGAAUCAGAACAAGAACCAGAACUAUCUCUUUCCAUUGCUUUGGACAAGUCUGAGAUCAGUAAAGAAUAUAUUGGAGCAAAGGGCAUCCAGGGAUCUAAGGGUCUCUUACGAUUUGAAAUGAAUAAUGUCCAACAAUGCUUUUACCUUGCGGAAUGCUUCCAAGAUAUAAGCAAGUCAAUUUUUGUUCAUGACUUUCUUUAUGGUUACCCAAUUGAACUAACCAAGGUGGAUCGAUUGAAAAGCAAGAUUACUGUUGCGGAAGAUGACAAAGGUAUGAAAGUAUAUAAUCGAUUCGGUAAACUAAUCCUUAGUAGUAACACCUUAUACUUCGUCCAUGCCUUGUCGUAUUCUUAA